GUAUUGGAAUUUGGAAACCGCAAUACUUGCAAAACAGGACUCCUCCUCCUUUUCAUUCUCUGCCAAUAGUCAACCAUUUUCACCAUUAUCUGCAAUUUUUGUUCCAAUAUCUCAUGUCAUCAUCCUUUAAUUUCGAUUUAGGGUUUCAUGAAAAAAUUUCAGUUUCUCAGAAGCUUCUCGAAGAACCUCGAUCUCCUUAUUGAUGAGUUGAAUUUUUUUCUUUGAUCGAAAAUGUUUGCUGCGUAUUUUCGUCUAUAUAGUGGCUACAUGUGUAAUUUUUCAUAUCCAGAAGCUCAAAACCUAGCAACCGAUUGAUCCGAUUCAGCUUUGGUUCGUCUCUUGAUUUAGGGUUUCAUGACAUGUUUCAGUUUGUUGGGAGAUUCUCGAACAUCAAUUCGAAAAUUUUAUUAUAUAUUUUGGUCUAAAUAGUAGCUACAUGAGUAAUUAUUGCUCACAAGUAUAUGCCUAGAAGCUCAAAAUCUCGUAAAUUAUUCGCUUUCAGCUUUAGUAGUUAUGAAUGUUGUAUUUUUUUUUGCUUGUAGCGUAAUGUUGUAGCAAUUCUGUUGUAUAUGAUAGUAACUAACUAGAAAAUGAAGCACCAGAAGAAGAAGAAGAAGAGAUCAAAAGCUUCUAAACAAGGCGAUGUUGUUAAUGGUUCUGAUAAUAGCAAAGUAGGGGAGAGUAGUGUUUUAAAGGUUUUAACGGAUGCGUUUAGCUCUGUAUCUGUAGAGGAAGCAGAAUGUGCUUAUAAAGAGGCAAAUGGAAACUUGAAUAAAGCGAUGAAUAUUCUGAGUGAUUUGCUGGAGCGUGAGGAAGAGGACAAGAUCACGAGCUGCUCAAGCUCGAGUGGGAAUGUCGGUUCGAGCUUGGAUUCGAGUAACAACUCAGACAUGUUUGUUGGGGGUCAAUCGCUGCAGAAUUCGUCUCAGCGCAAGGCUAAGACAAAGAAAUUGGUAGCUGCUGCAGGAACAGUCUCAACGAUGAUAGGGAAGGAUUACGUGAGGUCAAUUCCGAAGAAGAGUUGUUCAAAAUUCAAGGGUUUAAGUGAUGAAACGGCGAGCAAUGACGAUGUUGAGCAGUUUUUGUGUUCCAUGCUUGGGGAGGACUCUGCUUUGAGCUUAGCUGUUGUCAGAGAUGUUCUAUGUCAAUGCGGAUACGAAGUUGAGAAGGCUCUGAGUGUUUUGCUUGAAUUGUCAGCUUCCUCUAAUGAGCAACCUAAGUUUAGCGACUAUAGUGCAAGCAACAAAGAAGAGGCAGUGUCUCUUCAUUCAAGUGAUGGUUUUACUGAUAGGACAUCUGAUUCUACGUCUCAUUCAUCUGAAGGGGAAUUUCAAGAUAAUGUGUGGUUUUGGGGGCAUCCUGGCAGGAAUCAGUCAAAAAGUCUUGCAGGAAACUUCACGCAUUCUUCAUCAUCUGCAUCAGGAAAUUCUGGGCCAGAACUUCCUCAUGAGAUCUUGGAAUCUUUGUUUAAUAUGCCAACCCCUAAGAGUGCUGAGCACGAACCAACUACUAUGAACUGGAAGAAUGUUGUGAAGAAAAUGACAUCUUUGGGACGAAGGUUUGAAUCUUGUCCUAAUGAUAGUCCACCACCGCAGCAUAGCCAUGUUGAGGGAGCUGAGUAUCAUCUGUUCCGUGAAGCUUCAAAGCAACACUGGGAGUCAAUGAAAUCCCAUUAUCAGAAGGCUACAACAGCUUUUUCAAAUGGCCAGAAGGAAUAUGCUGCCUAUCUUGCAGACCAGGGCUGGCUACAUAACAGAAAGGCUCAAGAGGCUGAUGAGAAAGCUAGCCAGGAUAUAUUUGCAGCCAGAAACAAGAAUAUAGAAAACAUGAUAACUAUUGAUUUGCAUGGGCAACAUGUUAAACCAGCAAUGAGGCUUAUGAAACUUCACCUUCUGUUUGGAGCAUAUGUACGAUCUGUUCGGUUGUUUAGGGUUAUCACAGGAUGUGGGAUGCAUGGUGUUGGGAAGUCAAAACUGAAAACUUCGGUAAUUGCGCUUUUGAAGAAAGAACGUAUUGAAUGGACUGAGGAGAAUAGAGGAACAUUGCUCAUCAAGCUCGAUGGACGAAUGAAUUUUAGCUUUCUAGAUUCUGAUGAUGAUGAUGAUGAUAGCUGAUCGUUUCUUAGGCAUGGUUGCUAGCACUUAGGUGCAGUUGGAGUUUAGCAUUUAACAAUGGAGCUAAAUUGCAGUUUUAACAUUUUUAAUUUAUCUGCUUGCUAUGUGGUAUACCUAGAUUAUUGUAUUUACGAUGUUUACAACUUCUUUUGUUAGUGUGAGAAUUGUAAAGUUGAUCUUAGCUUUGCGUAUUAUGCAGCUUGAUAGCUGAGUUCAAGUAUAUCAUUGUAGAAUACAUAUUGUACUAACUGUAGUGUACCCACUUUUUUGGGCAAAACUUAUGCGUUUCAUCAAGUAAUUCUAUACCUUGUAAAUUUGAGUUGGA